UUGUGGGUUGUCGGCGUUACUUGCGGGCGACGGAGUGGAGGAAGCGACUGUUGUUGGGGUCUUUCCCCCCUCUCCUGCCCGAGUCCCGACCCCCUCUAACGGCGAGCGCUCCCGAUAGCGGCGGCUGCGGCUGCUGCAUUCGGCCCGGCCAUGUCCUUCAACAGAAUUCCACCGCGGUGGCUGAACUGCCCGAGGCGCGGACAGCCCGUGACAGGAAUAUUUUUACCUCUGAAGACGAUGCUAGGACCAAAAUAUGAUGAUAAAGUUGCUGAAGAAUAUCGUUUCCAUCCCUCUAUGUUAUCCAACUAUUUAAAGAGUCUCAAGGUUAAAAUGGGUCUGUUAAUAGACUUGACAAACACCAAUAGGUUCUAUGACAGAAGUGAAGUAGAAAAAGAUGGCAUCGUAUAUGUAAAGCUUCAAUGUAAAGGGCAUGGAGAGUGCCCCACGCCUGAAAACACAGAAACAUUCAUUCGUAUAUGUGAACAGUUUCAUAGUAAGAACCCAACAGAACUUAUAGGUGUUCACUGUACGCAUGGUUUCAAUCGUACUGGGUUUCUUAUCUGUGCCUUUCUGGUUGAAAAGUUGGAUUGGAGUAUUGAAGCUUCUGUGGCUCUUUUUGCUCAAGCCAGACCGCCUGGCAUCUACAAAGGUGACUAUUUGAAAGAACUCUUCCGUCGUUACGGAGAUGUGGCUGAUACACCAGCACCACCUCCUUUGCCAGAAUGGUGCUUGGAGGAAGAUGAGGAAGACGGGGAUGAAGAUAACUGCAAACUGGGAACUCUAGAAUCAGAAGCUUGCUCGUCAACUUCCUUUCCUAGCAGAAGAAAAAAAGAACAUUUAAAGCUGGGUGCUGUGUUUUUGGAAGGAAUAUCACUUAAACGUGUAAUUCAAGUAACAACUCAACCAAGGUUAGGAGAAAUCCAACUUAAAUGCCAACAAUUUUGUGGCUGGAAAGGGACUGGAUUCCCUGGGGCUCAGCCUAUAUCCAUGGAUGAACAGAAUAUUAAAUUGUUAGAGCAAAAGCCAUAUAAAGUAAGUUGGAAAGCAGAUGGAACUCGGUAUAUGAUGUUAAUUGAUGGUAAGAAUGAAGUUUAUAUGAUUGACAGAGAUAACUCUGUGUUUCAUGUGUCUAAUUUGGAGUUUCCGUUUCGUAAAGAUCCACGGGUGCAUUUAGAAAAUACUCUUUUGGACGGGGAAAUGAUAAUUGACAAGGUAAAAGGUCAAGUUGUUCCUCGGUACUUGAUAUAUGACAUAAUAAAAUUCAAUGCACAACCAGUUGGAGAAUGUGACUUUAAUAUUCGCCUGUCAUGUAUAGAAAAAGAGAUUAUACUCCCACGGCAUGAUAAAAUGAAAAAUGGUCAAAUUGACAAAGCACAAGAACCUUUUAGUGUUCGUAACAAACCAUUUUUUGACAUCAACAUUGCAAAAAAGCUUCUUGAGGGAAAUUUUGCAAGAGAAGUCUCUCAUGAAGUGGAUGGACUAAUUUUUCAGCCUGUAGGAAAAUACAAGCCUGGACGGUGUGAUGACAUUUUGAAAUGGAAGCCACCUAGUCUAAAUUCAGUGGAUUUUCGUCUAAAAAUUGCAAGAGUUGUUGGAGAAGGACUUCUACCACGGAACGUCGGAUUCCUUUAUGUUGGAAGUUUAGAGAGACCUUUUGCAGAAAUUAAGCAGAACUUUGAAGUUGUGCUUAUCCUGAAUCUUUAAGCCAAUUAACCCUGGAGAAGGCUGAAUUAAUAGUAGAAGAAAGAAUUGGGGACAUUGAUCAUCAAAAUAUCACCAGUGAGUGCCCUUGGAAUUCUAUCACCAAUUAUUGGAAAGACCCAAGCUUUUUACUGCAGGGUAUCUAUACAAUCAGAAGUUAGUUCCUUCUCUUUCUUUUCAUUUUUCUUUUCAUUUUUUAGUUUUGGCUUUGUUUUCUCUCUCUCUUUUCCUCUUUCUUUUCUUUACAUUAAUUCUUGUUAGGUUUUAUCUGUUGUUGAAAAUUCUCAAUAAAAUAUAUAUGAAAAAACAAAGGAAGUAUUAUAAAAUAUUGCCUUGGGACAAGAUUAGGCUAUUCAUUUCCACUCUAGUACAGAAACCAUUUCUCAUAUAAUGAAAACAAGAAUAGCAUGGGUUUUGUUUAGAAAAAUAAAAUAUGUUCAACAACAGAGGUUACCAUAGCUACUCCAAAAUUUUGCAUGGCUAAUAAGGUGCAUAAGAUAAAGUAUUCAAAACAAAUAAAAUGUUAAGUGGAUGCAAGUAAUUCUAUGAUUUAGUGUUAAUCUAAUAGUAAAAUGCAGCUUGAAAGAUAUCUGCUUAUGGUUUAACUUUUUUUUAAAUAAAACCAACCCUGGAAGCAUUCAAAUUAUUUUAUUAUAAAGGCAUUAAGACAAGUAUAUGGCAUUUCUGAUUCUCAAAUGUGUUAAAUUAUAAUUCCCUGCAGCCCCAAUCAGGAUAUUAAUGGAAAUGAAUAUUGGAAGCUACAGUUAUCAACAUCCGGAGGCCAUAGAUUUCCCAUCAGUUACUUAGUUACACACAGAUGGAAAGCGGUUUUGUAACUUAUACCAGUGGGGAAUUUUAUCAUUGUAAAUUUGUACAGUGAUAAAAUCGUGACCAUAAUUAUUGUUAGUUUGAGAAGACAUAGGAUUACAGAAAUGUUGGACAAUUUUAAAAAUCGAUUUUAGUAUAGGUUUACUGAUUCAAAUGACAAGUAUAACAUAUUUAGAAAUCUAAGUGGGAUGUUUUGGGAUCUUAUGGAAUAUAUUCUGAUUAAAUAACACAAUAGACACAAUUUCCUGUGUUCUAUUUUAUAUUCUGUUUCUGUAGAUGUACCGUAAUUACAUCAAGAAUAAAACGUCUUGUGAUUUGAACAGAAAUCCUUUGCAUUUCUGCAUUCUAGGAUUUUUCCCCUUAAAAAAAUUAUAUGCCCAUAGGGAUGUUAUGUAUUCAAAAAUAAUUUCAAUAUAUAUUCGUAAAUUGAAAUUUAACUUGACUGUUUUCUACUUUU